AUGAAUCAUCCAAAAACUUAUUUCACAACCCCAUUAUCAAAUUUAGCCAAAGUAACAACAAAUACACAAGGGGAUGAAUGGGAUGAAGAGGACGAAGUUUAAACAUAAAAUUCACCUUUAAAAAUCAUUCAAUCCUGUCUUAGUAAAACAAUAGUGGAAGAUUUCAAAAUAAAACCAAAUUGCGUAAGACUAAAGAAGAAAGAUUGGAAAGAUUAAUUCAUAUGGCUCUGA